AACUCAGAGGAAGAGGCACGAGCAAUUCAUCGGCGGGAUUCUGCCAGUGGAACGGGAAGAAAGCGGGCAUCAAACUCUUACGGCCUGGGCCGACCCCGAUUGGAUCGUUAUCUUUGUCACGUUCCGAAGAUACGUUCCGCCCCGUGAGCCGGGUUUUCCCGACGUCUUGCUCCCUUUAUGACGCUGCUACUGGUCGCCCCCUCCCGCCCCGGCUCUCUCUUCCUGAUCGCCGCCGGUCCUUAAGUCACGCCCGGAACGCCUUUGCUAGACCUGCGUGGACAGGUCGAGGCGGAGACGGCUGGUCCUUAUCUUCCAGCGCGGCCGGUGUGCCGAGUAAAAAGCCGGACGGCGACAGCGCUUUCUUCAACGCGGUUUCUCUUCGGGGCGAUGGAGUCGGCGGCGGUGCUCGCGAGCAACUUGCUGUGCUCGAGAGCUUUCUGGCAGCGCGUCUCCGGCCCGCAGGAGGAGCGGCUGCUGAAGCUUAUGAGCUACGGGAUUGUGGUCUUCCUAAUUGUGGCUGUGGCGCUUGUCCUCCACCGAGCCGCGGCACCGUAUGGCCGCUACUAUUCAGCCUCUCGCGGCCGCCCGGUUCCUGCCACCUUGGCCUGGAUGGUGCAAGAAGCGCCUUCCUUUCUCUUCCCUUUGCUGCUCGUGCUCUGUAGCGGCGGUGCCCGCCUCAGCUUCUGGCCCAACCGGAUUCUGCUGGGACUCUUCCUCGUCCACUACUUUUACAGAUCAUUCAUCUUUCCUUUCUUAAUUCGUGGAGGAAAGCCAACACCAUUUCCUACAUUUGUGUUAGCAUUUGUAUUCUGUUUAUAUAAUGGGUAUUUACAAGGCCGGAGUUUAAGUAAUUAUGCAGAAUUCUCUUCCAACUGGUUAACAGAACCACAUUUCAUUCUUGGGAUUGCAGGCUGGUUAGGUGGUCUCCUGAUUAACGUGCAUUCUGAUCAUAUUUUGAGAAACCUAAGAAAACCAGGGGAGACUGGAUAUAAAAUCCCAAGAGGAGGAAUGUUUGAAUACAUAACUGGAGCUAACUACUUUGGGGAGAUUGUUGAGUGGUGUGGAUUUGCUCUUGCCUGCAGGACGCUAGAAAGUAAAGCUUUUGCCAUCAACACAUUAUUAGUAUUAGGAAGCCGAGCAUAUACGCAUCAUCAAUGGUAUCUCAACAAGUUUGAAGACUAUCCACGUUCCAGGAAAAUUGUAAUUCCAUUUGUGUUCUGAACUCUCUGUCAAACUCUGAAUUUUGAAUAAUGUACUACAAUUUGGGGGAAAAAGGUUAGCUAAAAGGGCUUUUAUAGGUACUUCUAGGGAAAUUUAUCUCAGUGCUAAUAUGAUCGAAUGAUGAGACAAUGAUUAAUUCUGUUUUUUUCGUAUUGAAAUAAAUCUAAAAGCAA